AAGACCGCGUGUGCGAGUUUCGGGGCCUUCCCUUUUCGCGAAAUCAAGUUUCUGAAGACCACCGUGACCAGCCAACCGUGAAGGGUAUCGUGUGAGUUCGUUUGCUAGAAACUGGAAAUCGUGUUGGUGCAAAUACUGGCAUCCUUGGCCCGUGGCACGUUUUCCAACCGGCGGCCUCCCAGUGCCCGCGUGCUCGCGCCAAAGAAAAAGAGCAGCAGCAAGAAGGAGACGAAGGCACGUGCGAGAGCGAGCAGAUAGACCUUUGUUUACAAACUCGUAUAGCCGUGCUGCUCGGAUUUUUUUUCUUUCGCUCUCACUCAGCAUCCGCCAAGGCUUCCUGGGGGCCACCAUGAAGUACAUCCUAGUGACGGGCGGUGUGAUCAGCGGAGUGGGGAAGGGCGUGAUUGCGAGCUCCUUCGGGACGCUGCUCAGUGCGUGCGGCAUUCCGAUAACGUGCAUCAAGAUCGAUCCUUAUAUCAACAUCGACGCGGGAACGUUCUCCCCCUUCGAACACGGCGAGGUGUACGUACUUGACGAUGGCGGUGAAGUGGAUCUGGAUCUGGGGAACUACGAGCGCUUCCUGGAUGUGGUGCUGCACCGGCACAACAACAUAACCACCGGCAAGGUGUACAAGAAUGUUAUCGACGGUGAGCGUGAAGGCAAAUAUCUCGGCAAAACGGUGCAAGUGGUCCCUCACAUUACCGACGAGAUACAGGAGUGGGUCGAACGGGUGGCCAAGACCCCGGUCAAGGAUAAUGUGGAACCGAAGGUGUGCAUCAUCGAGCUGGGCGGUACGAUCGGUGAUAUCGAGGGUAUGCCGUUCGUCGAAGCGUUCCGGCAGUUCCAGUUUCGUGUGAAAAAGGAAAACUUUUGUGUGGCGCAUGUCUCGCUGGUGCCUUCGCCCCGGGCUACCGGUGAACCCAAGACGAAGCCAACACAGGCCAGCGUACGAGAAUUGCGUGGGCUCGGACUGAGCCCUGAUUUGAUCGUAUGUCGCUCCGAGAACCCGAUCGGUGAUGAGGUGAAGGAAAAGAUCAGCAACUUUUGUCACGUGGCACCGGAGCAGGUGAUCACCAUACCCGAUCUGUCAUCAAUCUACCACGUGCCGCUGAUGAUGGAACAGGCCGGUGUCGUCGAUAUUGUGAACGAGCGGUUACAGCUUAAUCUGGGCAUUCCGAGGCCACCCGGUUUCAUGCAAUCAUGGCGUGAUCUGGCCGAGCGAGUAGAGAACGUUUACAAGAAGGUCAACAUUGCGCUGGUCGGCAAGUACACGCGACUGGAAGAUGCGUACGCUUCCGUGUCGAAGGCGCUAAUGCAUGCAUCGAUCGCCGUCGGCUACAAACUGGAGCUUAAAUUCAUCGAAGCGUGCAACCUGGAACGGGAUGUGAAACGGCAAAAUCCCCAUCUGUACUACGACGCUUGGCACACGCUCACCAACAGUCAUGGCAUCAUCGUACCGGGUGGCUUCGGUACUCGUGGAGUGGAAGGCAAGAUACGGGCUUGCCAAUGGAGCCGUGAAAACAAAAAGCCUAUGCUGGGCAUUUGCCUCGGGCUGCAGGUGGCCGUGAUUGAGUUUGCACGAAAUGUUCUCAAGCUAGAGGAUGCCGCCUCUACCGAAGUUUACGAGGAAACACCUCAUCCGUUGGUCGUCGAUAUGCCAGAGCAUAACCCUGGUUCGUACGGCGCAACGAUGCGUCUCGGCAAACGAACUACCGUCUUCAAAGGAGACAGCAAAAUCCGCAAGCUGUACAACGGCGUAGAUCACAUCGAUGAGCGGCAUCGUCACCGGUACGAGGUGAAUCCGGAUUACGUUGCUGAGCUCGAAAAGCACGGCAUGCGGUUCGUUGGGCACGACGAGGAUGAACAACGGAUGGAGAUUAUGGAGCUAGACAAUCAUCCGUACUAUGUGGCCACACAGUUCCACCCGGAGUAUCUAUCGCGACCGCUUAAACCGGCUCCCGCCUUUCUUGGGCUUAUUCUCGCGGCUGUCGGCAAACUGGACAGCUAUCUAACCACCGGUCAGUUGAAGCGGCAGCAACUGAAUAAUCAAACCCAUCAGCUGCUUACGUGCGAAAGUUCUAGCGAUGACGAUCUGCAACAUCAGCGCCGGACACGGCCCCUCAGUACCGGCGGAAGUCCGGAAAAGAGCAAAAAAGGCGCAUCGCCAACGAAACAGAAUGGGGUUAGUACGCCGACGACGGUGACCGAAACAAUCACGAAUGGCAACGCAUCAUAGAGGCACCGUAGUCUGGUGAUCUGGCGUAACAAACGAUUUCCAGUGUUUUCAACUAUUAUCCCAGUGCAACGAAAUACGCUGCUGCUACUGAUUAUUUUUUUUGCAAAACUUUCACUUAAAGUGUCAAUAGAAUUGCUAGGAUAGGGCGUAAAUAUUAUAAAUUAGGAAUCAAUGAAAUGCGAGGAGAAGUAUUUGGUACUAACAAUAAAAUGUAAAGUCUUGGAACGCUUUCAGACGAAGAAUAAUGUGGUAUAGACAGUUAUGACAUAUUUUCUAUGUGGCAAAAGUAAACCCUUAUCCAACGCCACAGUAAAUGUUUAAAAACAAAAUUAAGAUCAAAUGGUAAAGCCAUGUUAAUCGUAAGACCGAGCGUUUCCGAUAUUAGGUCUAUCAAGCUACUUUCUUCCCCUAAGACAUUAUGUUUAACUAGCUUUGUCCGGAAAGGGGCGAAAAAAAGGAUAAUAAAACAAUUUGAAUCGAA